ACGCAUCUGGUGACGAGGGGGGCGCGGCGGGGGCUAAAAUUAGUACCGGAGCGCCACGUGCGCCACCGACGAGCAUCAGUCCGCGCUCAACCACCACGCAGAACACCCGUCUGUAGUGUACACCCAUCCGCACUCUCGUACACUCGGCGCAGCACUCGCGUGGCGACCAAGCGAUCAUACAAGCAGACCGCAUCCGCGGCAGUGACAGUGUCAGUAGAGUGGAACGGUGGUCGGCGCGACGGAGGCUGUGCAAGGCAUGUUGAUGGCGGGCGCUCUGCCGGCCGAGCCCGAGGGGCUGCUGGCACUCAGCGCUCUGCCCGGGCAGAAGGACACGACGUGGACGAAGCUCUUCGUCGGUGGCCUUCCCUACCACACCACCGACAAGAGCUUGAGGGAACACUUCGCUGUGUAUGGAGACAUAGAAGAGGCCGUCGUCAUCACCGACAGACAGACCAGCAAGAGCAGGGGAUAUGGCUUUGUGAUAAUGGGUGACCGAGCGGCGGCAGAGAGAGCGUGUAAGGAUCCUAACCCCAUCAUUGACGGGAGAAAAGCAAACGUAAACCUCGCGAUAUUAGGAGCUAAACCCCGAGGGAACCUGGCUCCAGGAUUUGGCUUGGCAGCGGCGGCGGCAGCGGGCGUCCGCGCUGGCUAUCCGACCGUGUUACCGGCACAUUACGGAUUAUCCCCGGGAUAUGUGUACGGUACACCGAGUUACAUGGGCGCCAUGAGCGGAGUCGGAGCCGGCGUGGGCGCCGGCGCAGGAGGCUUGGUGCAGCUGCCGCAACUGCAGCACGCGGCGGCCGUGGCUGCGGCGAACCAUUUGUAUGAGUACCAAGCGGCGGCCGCGCAAGGAGCUGCCGCUUAUCAACAACAGUACGCUGCGGCAGGAUUCGAUCCGUACGCAACCGCUGCAGCUGCAGCGGCGGCCGCAUCGAGCGCUGGUUACGUCUCGCCGUACUAUGCGCUGCCUGGAGGCGGAGUGCAGGGCCCGAUACUUCCACCGCUCCCUUACCCGCCUCCUCUCCAAGAAGCAAGGAUGCAGUAGGCUAAUCAUGAGUACGAUCUUCGUAGCUAUGUCCACAACUACGCGUUCAUAUGAACUACUUCUGCUGUGCGUUCCACAGUUGCGUCCAAA